GGAAGAAGAGGAAGAGCGAAGAAAGAGAGAGAGAAUGUUCAAAGGCCGUGCACCUCACGCGCUCUCUCGGUCUCUUCUUUUCUUCACGCUCCCUAUAAAUACUCGACGCUCAUCCUCUCUCUCCCCUCUCCCUCGGCCAAGAACCAUCCUUCUUCUCUCACCCAACAACAACAAUUACAACUCCGCUUCUGGCUCUCGUCGUCGUUGUUGGUCUUAUUCCUCUUCCUCGAUCAUGGGAUCCCUGUCGGCUUCCGAUGAACGGAUGCAGUACCCGGCGGCGCGGCGGGACGACUCCAUCGUCGACGACUAUCAUGGCGUCAAGGUCGCCGAUCCGUACCGGUGGUUAGAGGAUCCUGACGCUGAGGAAGUGAAGGAAUUUGUACAGAAUCAGGUGGAAUUGACUGAUUCUGUGCUUAAGAAAUGUGACACGAGGGAGAAGCUGAGCGACGCAAUCACGAAGCUUUUUGAUCACCCGAGAUAUGAUACGUUGUUCAGGGAAGGGGACAAGUACUUUUACUUCCAUAACACCGGUCUCCAGGCUCAUAGUGUGCUUUAUAUGCUGGACGAUUUAAAUGCUGAACCAGAGGUCUUGCUUGAUCCGAAUACCCUUAGUGGCGAUGGAACAGUGGCCUUAAACACGUUUUCUGUCAGCGAGGAUGCUAAGUGGUUGGCUUACGGGCUUAGUUCAAGUGGCAGUGAUUGGGUGACGAUUAAGGUGAUGAGCGUCGAGGAUAAGAAAGUUGAGCCUGAUAUCUUAUCAUGGGUUAAGUUUAGCGGGAUUGCAUGGACAUACGAUAGCAAAGGAUUCUUCUACAGUCGGUAUCCCGCUCCCAACAGAGAGGGAGAAAAUAUAGAUGCCGGGACAGAGACUAAUGCUAACCUUUACCAUGAAUUAUAUUACCAUUUCCUCGGGACGGAUCAAUCUCAAGAUAUAUUAUGCUGGAGAGAUCACGACAAUCCCAAGUAUCUCUUUGGAGCCAAUGUCACAGAUGAUGGAAAGUACUUGAUCAUGGACAUUGCAGAGGGUUGUGACCCUGUAAACAAAGUAUACUACUGUGAUCUGUCUUCCAUUAAAGGAGGCCUUGAAGGUUUUAGAGGAAGCAAUAGUCUCCUUCCAUUCGUUAAGCUGAUUGACACUUUUGACGCUCAAUACAGUGCCAUUGCAAAUGACGAAACUGUAUUCACUUUCUUGACAAACAAAAAUGCACCAAAGUACAAACUAGUUCGGGUCGAUCUGAAGGAACCGAGCAAGUGGUUUGAUGUUAUUGGAGAGCACGAUAAGGAUGUCCUUUCGUCAGCUUGUGCAGUUAACACCAAUCAGCUGGUUGUGAGUUACUUGAGUGAUGUAAAGCACAUUCUGCAGAUUAGAGACUUGAAAUCCGGGUCCUUGCUUCACCAGUUGCCUCUUGAUAUUGGCUCGGUAUCUGGUGUUUUUGCUCGUCUCAAGGACAGUUCCUUUUUCUUUAGCUUUACCAGUUUCCUUACUCCUGGUGUGAUUUACAAGUGCGACUUAGCCACCGAAGCUCCAGAAGUUACCGUAUUUCGUGAAAUUGCAGUGCCCGACUUUGAUAGAGCAGCAUUUCAAGUCACUCAGGUCUUCUACCCGAGUAAGGACGGAACCAAGAUACCGAUGUUCAUUGUAGCCAAAAAGGGAAUCGAGCUUGAUGGAUCACACCCAUGUUUGCUCUAUGCCUAUGGCGGGUUUAACAUAAGCAUAACGCCGUUCUUCAGUGUCAGCCGUAUCGUUCUCAGUAGACAUCUCGGCACUGUUUUCUGCUUUGCGAAUCUCCGUGGUGGAGGAGAAUAUGGUGAGGAAUGGCACAAAGCAGGUGCACUUGCCAAGAAACAGACUUGCUUUGAUGACUUCAUUUCCGGGGCAGAGUACCUUGUAACAGCAGGUUAUACGCAACCGGGAAAAUUGUGCAUCGAAGGUGGCAGCAAUGGCGGACUUCUGAUCGGAGCUUGCAUUAAUCAGAGACCAGAUCUUUUUGGCUGUGCUCUGGCUCAUGUUGGCGUCAUGGACAUGCUUCGGUUUCACAAGUUUACCAUAGGUCAUGCGUGGACUUCUGAAUAUGGCUGCUCCGACAAGGAAGAUGAGUUUCAUUGGCUGAUCAAGUACUCACCUCUGCACAAUGUGAAGAGGCCAUGGGAGGAGCAGAGAACGGACAGCCGCUUGGUUCAGUACCCACCCACCAUGUUGCUGACAGCAGACCACGAUGACAGAGUCGUUCCCCUCCACUCCCUGAAAUUUCUAGCGACUAUGCAGUAUGAGCUGUGCAUGAGCUUAGACGAGAGCCCUCAGACGAACCCGAUAGUCGGCAGAAUAGAAGUUAAAGCCGGGCAUGGAGCAGGACGGUCCACUCAAAAGAUGAUAGAGGAGGCGGCUGAUAGGUACGCUUUUAUGGCCAAGACGCUUGGUGCUUCAUGGAUCGACUGAAUCCUUACUCGUAUGGAUGGAUGGGCGACUUCUGACACAUCUGUUUUAUUUGGGCUCUGUAGAGCUUUAUUAUAAUUUAUCAUCGACUAUCUAAUAAACGAUAACCGAGUAUAGCAGACAAGUUGUGAAACAAGGUUUUCCACAGAUUUCGGCUUC